CGUUCGUCCAGGUGAAACAGUUGGAGGUCGUUUUCGUUCAAUCAGGUUAAGUUCUAUUACAAACAAUCAUGGUACUUAAAAUAAUAUGCUUUUUGACAGUUUUAAUAUCUUCUGGUCUUAGUCAUAAUGCAGAAAAGAUCCGUAAAGCCAUGUACAAUCCAGACCUUUUCGAAGGUGACAUACUGGGCAUCGAUCCCCAAGAUCGAAGUGCCAUUCCAUCUGAGAAAAAACGAUGGACAAACAAGAAAGUUCCAUAUGUGAUUGAUGAAUCCUUAAUGCCCAGCGUAUCAAUUAUUUAUGAUGCUUUUGAUGACUACCAACUCAACUCUUGCUUGAGAUUCGUUCCAAGAACAACCGAAGCUAAUUACAUCAGAAUAUUUCCUGGAAGAGGUUGCUUUGCACAUGUCGGGAUGAAUGGUGACGGCGAGCAACCUGUGUCCCUCGGUGAAGGUUGUGUCCAUAAAGCUGUCGUAGUUCACGAGCUCGGUCACACGAUUGGGUUCUGGCAUGAGCACAGUAGAUCAGAUCGUGACAAAUACCUCAUUAUUUACUGGGACAACAUUCAAGAAGGUAUGAAAUCUCAAUUUCUCCUGAUGAAUCCUGAACAGAAUCUUCUACUGUCGGAAUUCGAUUACGAUUCAGUGAUGAUGUAUGGCAAUUACGCAUUCUCAAAAGAUGGAAAAUCGAUUACAAUUGAGGCCAGAAAUGGACAGAAACUGCCCGAAAAAACAGAAGAAGGAUUGAGUAAAAAAGACAUCGAAAGAGUUAAUAAAAUGUAUAAAUGCUGAACUGAAGUUACAAAGACAUUUCUGCU